UAAUAGAUAUAAAAGUUAAUUUAAAACGGCUGUUUUGUGACAGAGUCCUUGAAACGAUCCUAUGACUUUUAUUAAUGUAUGAAGGAACGCGAGCAACACACACGCUAUAAUAAAUACAACACUGUCACCACCAGCACACGAGAUUAUUGAUUAAGGGGCUUUUUAAAACGUGUGACGUCAUUGACAGGCGCCGGAAGCAGAACCACGUGUAAUUCACAAAAAGGCUGCUGGUGCGACUGAGUAUAACUCACAGAAAUUCCCAGGAUGAGUUUUGCAGAAUACAGAGAACUUAUAAAUGAUGGGGACACAGCUAUUGUAUUUUUAGGACACGACUCUAUGUUUCCAAUAACUGUACAACAUGGCAGUCAGACACAGACCAAGUAUGGAGUCAUCAGACACUCUACUGACUUAGUUGGCAAAAAGUUUGGCUCCAAGGUGACUUGUAGUAAAGGAGGCUGGGUAUACAUCCUACAUCCCACCCCAGAAUUAUGGACCAUUAAUCUUCCUCACCGCACUCAAAUUCUCUAUUCCACAGACAUUUCUAUCAUAACUAUGAUGCUAGAACUCAAGCCAGGAUCAGUGGUUUGUGAAUCAGGCACAGGAAGCGGCUCGCUUUCUCACGCCAUUAUCCGUUCAGUUGCUCCUACAGGACAUCUCUACACUGUAGAAUUCCACCAGCAGAGGGCGGAAAAGGCAAUGGAGGAAUUCCGCCAGCACAAAGUAGACCAUUUGGUGACGGUAAAGAAUCAAGAUGUGUGUAAGAACGGUUUUGGUGUGUCCCAUGUUGCCGAUGCCGUGUUCCUGGAUAUUCCAUCUCCUUGGGAAGCUAUCAGCCAUGCAAAAGAAGCAUUAAAACAUGAAGGUGGUCGGAUCUGCUCUUUUUCUCCGUGUAUAGAGCAAGUACAGAGGACCUGUCUGGCGCUGGAAGAGCACGGCUUCACCGAGGUCAGCACCCUAGAGAUUCUCCUGCGCGUGUACGACGUACGGACCGUUAGUCUGUCUGUCCCUGACCUGGGCCGACCUGCUGACAAUCAGACCAGCUCAGACGUCAACGAGAAGUCCAAGCAGAGCCCAGCUCCCCAGCAAGGAACUGCGCUCUUUAAAAGUGGCGUCUCACCCAGGGAAACUGUGGGCCACACUGGAUACCUGACCUUUGCCACAAAGAGCUUAUUUUAGACCUUCUCCUCUCAUUUAAAGAAAAAAAAUAUUCAGACUCUACAUCUGCCACAAGAAAAUGCCAUAUAUAGCCUCACUGAGCUGAAGAAUGAAUUUAUGUAAACACCAUAGGGAAAAGGAUAGCAGAGACCGUGUGUGAGAGCUGCACAGAUUAUGCGUGAGAGCUUGAAUUAGGUGCAAACAUUUACCCCAAUUCACCUAGAUUAGAAAGGCCUCUCUAGUUUCUGUUAUCAAAUUGAGCUUCUCAUUCCUUUCUUUAUCUUUGGUUGAAUGGUUUCUAUUAACAAAGGAAUAAUUCUGACUGAAGAGAAUAAUACAAGUUUAGUGAAUCUGGGACCCAUGAGAGAGAAAACAAACAUCAUAGGUAGUAGACUAGAUUCACUAGAAUUUUUUUACUGCUCAGUAAGUAAAAAUUGCAAUUUAUAUGUUAUUGUUAAAAUCAAUCUCACUGAAGCGUGCCUGAGUUCUCUCCAUGUUAGUGAAUUAGCUGCAUUUAGAACAGGAGUAUUGGAAACAAAUGCCUCACUGGAGAUUUCAGUGGUGUGAGGUAAAUCUGUCUGUUUAGUGGCUGUACGUGUAUGGCAGAACGUUGCAGACAGGCUGUGGGGUGCAGACAGACCCACAGUGCAUGCUGGGACAGUUCCCCUGCACCUCUGUGCUAUAAAAGACUGCAUUGUACUAUGUUAUGUUGCUGGUGUUGUAAUUUGUCCUGUGGACGCACAAGUUACAAUCGCUUACAUUCUAGCUUUUCCUUUUUUAGACGUUGAAGCUUCGGCGGAGGUUAUAUGGGGAUUUGUCCUUAUUAGUAUAUACAGCUGUACAGGUCUAUCUGCAGCUGGUUUCAUUUAAAUCCACAGAGUGCUUUAUACACAUAUAUAAAGUACAUGAUGUAUGUGAGAUCAAGCAGUGAAUUGACUGCUGUAAAAUCCUUGUUUCAGUUACUUACAGUUGAUAUGGAAAAAUAAAUGGUAUUUUGUUUGCUAUUGCAUUGUUUAAUAUUCAUAUUUUUAAAAUAUAUUUAACAGUUGCUAAGUUAAAGUGCUCUCUCUUACAAAGUAAGAAGUGUUUGUGGAAGAGUAAAUCAAUAAAUUGUAGGUUCCAGA